AUGAGGGGUGACAGGGUCCGUGAGGGUCACCAAGGCCGGGGUGGAUUGAUCCGCGAGAGCGCCUCACAGAAGUCGGGGAGCGAGGUCCGUGUGAGCUCCAGGCCCCGGGUGCCUGUGUCACUCUCCCCGCGCUCCCAGAAGCUCUUGGAACCCGCGACUAGUGGGGUUCUAUGGGGGCCUCAUCACUUCUGUGUGUUUCUGGAAGGAGCCUGGGAACAGGUGCAUGGUCUUGGAGAAGCUGCUGCCCCCACCCCCACCCCGGCACUGGCUCCCCCGGGGGAAGGAGAACUUCCCGGCCGGCCGGCCCUGCCCCUGCCCUGCGACGGCUGCACCCGGAGAACUGAGACAGGAAGUGGGUGGCGGCCGCAGGGAGGGCGGCACCCGUGCAGGCGGAGGCGGUUUACGUGGGAGCCACGAGGACCUUGCCCCACGGCCUCUUCUGGUGGCUUCGAGGGUCAGGACUUGGAGAAUGUGGACACGGGACUUGAGCAGAAAGGCCUGGCGAGAAGUUGGAGCUUCUGUGACUUCUGUGCACUGACAGGCCCGCAGCCCCUGUGCCGGCGAGGCCCCGGCCGAGUUCUUCAGGUGCCUAACAAACAGCGGAAGUCUUUCCAGCCCCUUCGCUUUCGGUUUCGUGUGCUCCCUACAACAAGGUUCUGGAAGGUUCCCGAGCGGUGCAGAUGGCAGUGCGGGCCGCCCCCGAGUGCCGUCCACUGGCGCCUCCUGCUCCUGUGUCCCCCCCGCCCCGCGUGGACGGGAAACCGCUCUCUGCGGGAGAGAAAUGGAAGCAGAAGCGUCCCCGCCACGGGAGCAGAGCCAGUAGAGGCGCUCGGGGAUGUCACCCGGGAUUCGUCACACUUGGCGCGUGGACCGCCGGAGCCACAACAUUUGAAAACCACUCCGGUCUCACCGACAGAAAGCCAAACUCACCACGAGGCCCUCCCGAGCCCGUGGCCGGACCAAGCAAGGUCAUUCCCACGUGGGCGAGGGUGGCCGUGUGACCUUGGGGACCCCAGGUCUGAGUACGACGAGCCGGCUCGCGCCCCGCGCCCUCCCCUCUCUGCCCGAGGCCUCCGGCGGACCCUCUGAGGACAGCCCGUGGGUGAGGUCUCAGAGGCCCGGCUGCGUGUGCUGGGCGGACGGCCGGCUCAGCCGACGGGAGGGCUUUCUGCCAGGCUGUCCCUGGCCUCCUGCCAUCCCCUGGCGACCGUAAGUUCACCAAGUCCCUUGGUGGGGCCAAGUCCCUUCAGGGGGACAGUUUGGGAUUCCGAGGCACCCCCAAGCACUAGUGAUGUGGGAAGCAAAGGCAGAAGAAAAAUGUGAAUUUCCUCACUGUCUACACCCCACUGACAGUCCUUUAGACAGACAGAGUGACCCUCCUCCAGGGCCCCAGCUGCUUUGAUGACGACACUUUGCUCAGGGCAAGAGGCAGCCGUAGCUUCACAUUAGCCCGACGUCCGGGGUCCCGUAUGUCUGCUUUACCACCUACACAUUCCUCUGGAAACUUCCUUUAUCUCUGCCGCCCAGAUACAUGCUAGCAAUCCUUUCCAAGCUUAUGGUCCCCGGAUGUGCACCUGAAGGGUCUCAUGACCGAGGUUUUACUGAACAGUACUAAGUGAUCUUAUCCUAGCAGCAGCUAGCCCCUGGUUUCCAAAUUCCUUAGAGACUUCCGCUGUCUCUAACCCCCUCCCAACCUGAGGGUCCCUAAUCAGUCAGUCGGCACAGCCCAGGGCAGUGCUUCCUGCCCCUGGAUCCUGUCUCCGUGCUUUUGUUAUUAUUUUUUAAUGUUUAUUUAUUUUUGAGAGAGAGACAGAGUGCAAGUGGGUUAGGGGCAGGGAGAGAGGGAGACACAGAA